CAAGUUCAUUAUAGUUCCAUCCACGAACGCUGACGGUUCGCAAUAUCCACCAAAAGUAUCUGAGUGCUAAGAGUAAAUUUGCCGCCGCCGUAGACGUAUCUACAAUCUACAUAUCUCUGGAGUGGAGUAGGUUGCAUUAUCAUUGGAAGUCCCUAUACAUAUUGUAAUUAUGUCCACCUCGUAGAACGACCUUCACCUUACACAGAGACUGUUGACUCGAGAACAAAUUGAUAGCAACAACAAAUUAAACGUUCUAUAACUAUAGACCAAGUCAGGUACUUCAACUACUACGCUACUCUACCUGGUGCGUUCACCCAUACUCUCGAUCAUCAGAAGCUCAAUUUUAAUAUCGAAUUGAAAGUGUUUUUCUUCUUGUUGUUUUCGUUGACAGUGGUUCUUAAGAUCUCGCGUUUAAGCCAAUGGAAUAGUUAUCAUCCGUACACAGAGUCAAAUUGUUCGAUUACUUUUUUACGGUUUGUCAAUAUCACGCGGUAGAGAAUUUUAAAUUCUUUAAUUUAAAUAAAUUAUUGAGUCUUGAUAAAUUCGGGAGCAAUAAAACUUGCCAUCACAAGUGUACUUUAUGUCCAUGUACUUUGUUCUAGUAGCCACUUAACUGUUGGAUCAAUGAACUGGUAAUAUUAUCGCUCGCGUACAUACUUAUAAAUAAACUUGCGUGGAUGAUAAUUAUAUUGAAUCUUGAAUUUUAAACAUACGCACUUGAAAUACAAAAAACAAAAUAAAAUCGUUAUUUUUUGAUCGAAGCAUAAAUAAUUUUUUUUUUUACUUAUGAACAAAUGAAAUUAGUGAGAAUCAUGAAUAAUUUUAUAAAGUGUUUAAGUUUUGUGAUAGUUUUGACUUCGGUCCUGGAUCUGGGGUAUUGUGCAAGUAACACUACGCAAACGGAGGACGAUGAUGAUACAGUUGUUGUAGAAGCUCUGGUCUCACCUGAUUCGAGUUUCCGACAAGGCCGACAAUUUCCUAAUUUUCGCAUGCUCUAUCAACCAUUCCAACCUUUCCGUGAAGGAAGUACCUGCAUUAGUACAACUGGAGCAUUUGGCUUAUGUGUGAAAUUCAACAGUUGCAGUCCACACACACGUAAUGUUAACCACUUCCUGCGACAAUCACCUGAACUAGCCAACCCAUGGUUUUUGCAGGGCGAAGCCAUUUGUAGCUUCUUUGACAAUAGUGGACGACAAAUGACAGGAAUUUGUUGUGGUUCCUCAGAUCUUCAGUCAGCAAAGCCUAAUCGAGAGCAAGAUAGUAGCGAAAUUGAGAUCUCUGAUAAAAAGGACGAAGACAACAAUAUCAAUUAUGAUCCUGAAGAAAUCGAUGAUGGAUCCGUACAACCUUAUCAAUUCAACUGGCCACCUCGGCCAGCAUUUCCAUCAGCAGUGCCAGCUCAGUGGCCCCCACCAUUGCCAACGCAUGGACCAUCGAUAAGUCAAUGGCCACCACCACUGCCCACACAUCCACCUAACCAUCACUAUCCAACCCAUCCACCACAUCCAGCUUUGCCAUCAAAACCACCAGCGCCUACAGCCAGCUCAUCGCGUCCCACUUAUCCAUCAUAUCGUCCAACUCACAGACCCACACAGAGGCCACCAACCUAUCCAUCGUAUCCGCCAACAUCCUCUGCCAGGCCUCCAACUACAACCGAGCAAGCAGCAACAUCAGUAAAUGCCAAAUGUGGAGCAAAGAAUGGUGUUUCCGCCGAUCAAGAGCGGAUAGUUGGAGGACAGAAUUCCAGUCCGAAUGAGUGGCCAUGGGUGGUUGUGCUUUUCAACAAGGGAAAGCAAUUCUGUGGAGGUUCGAUGAUUGACAAUGUCCACGUCUUGACAGCAGCUCAUUGUGUAGCAAGAAUGACCUCAUGGGAUGUUGCUGGCUUGACAGCUCAUUUGGGAGAUCAUAAUAUUCGAACGAGUUUCGAAGUUCAACAUGUUGAACGACGAAUCAAGCGACUUGUACGACACAAGGGCUUUGAAUUCAGUACACUGCACAAUGACGUUGCUAUCCUAACUCUUGACAAACCGGUUACAUUCACCAGAGAAAUUCGUCCAAUAUGUCUGCCAUAUGGUUCCUUCCGGAAAUCUUAUACCGGACAAGUUGCAACUGUUGCUGGGUGGGGUAGUUUAAGAGAAAAUGGACCACAACCAUCGGUAUUACAAAAGGUCAGCAUUCCCAUUUGGUCAAAUUUAGAUUGUGCACGUAAAUAUGGACGAGCAGCCCCUGGGGGUAUUAUUGAUUCUAUGCUUUGUGCUGGUCAAGCUGCAAGGGAUUCAUGUAGUGGUGACUCUGGUGGUCCCUUGAUGAUCAACGAAGGAGGAACCUGGACACAAGUAGGUAUUGUAUCGUGGGGCAUUGGAUGUGGCAAAGGACAAUAUCCAGGUGUCUAUACAAGAGUUUCAGCUUUUCUACCAUGGAUUUUAAAGAAUCUUAAAUGAAUAUGAUUUAUGAAAAGAAUGACGACGAUAAUGCGAUGAUGAUGAUAAUUUAUUUGGAACCGAUUUAUUUAUUUCAAUUGCACAGAAACGUGAUAUAGAUUUUUUUAAUUUUGAUUUUUGAAACGGCUAAGAGGGUAAUAAUUGCAGUGCAAUUGGAUAAAAUGAUAUUAAUAAAGUAAUGCUACACAAAUUAAAGUUUUAA